GUAACUCAUCCUCGAACAAUAUACUAGUUGAAUCCCACAAUAUCUAGCCUGCAUCCCGGCGCAGUCUGCACUCAGCCACACAGACCACGUUCUUGAUCGUGGCUUUGACAAGAUGUCGAUCAAUAUCCAUGGUUCUUCUUCCUCGAUUCAUCACCUCUGAUUUUUUAUCUCUGUUAUGCUGUAUCAGAUGAAUCAACUUCCUUUUCUUUUUGUCUCUCUCGCUUCAUCCCAUGACAUCCUAGCAUGCACACUUAUCAGUCAGAAGACCUGCGUUGUAUACUUGUUUCAACCUAGGAUGGGUAUAGCACGCUGAAGGAUCCCUGCUAAUGACAAUACUCAAUACAACAGCUGGGUGAUGCUGCAAGGCCCCGAAGGCUUUGUUCGACUACCCAAUGAGCAUCAGUUGUUCGCCUCUCCUCCGCGGACAACUCUGUCGCUGCAACCCCUAGGCUCUAACUCCGGCAAGGAUUCUUUUUCCAUGCAAAGCAGUGCCGGUCGAGUCUACCUGACAAAUCAGAGGAUCAUUUACAUUCCCGCGCAACAAACGAAAGAGUUUCAAUCGUUUUCCACACCAUUACUCAAUGUACAUGACGCCCAUGUCACUGCACCAUUCUUUGGGCCCAAUGCCUGGAUGGCUCUAGUCCAGCCGGUAUCUGGAGGAGGCAUCCCUGCGUCGUUGCCCGCUGUGCAGCUCAAGGUGACAUUUAAAGAGGGAGGGGCGUUUGAUUUCCACAACAAUUUCGAAAGAAUCAAAGAGCGUCUACAACAAGCUGUCGAGAAUACCCAGGCGAGCAGUCGAGGUGCCCGAAAUGUCGACAUGUCUGCGAUCCAUCUCGACGAGCUACCUGCGUACACCGGCCCAUCAGGUGGCACAACCGGAGCAGACCACAAUACCGCACAGCAACCUGUAAGCCCACAGUCUCAACACACAGGGCCAGAGGCGGGAUCGGAGCCGAUGGAGCCACCACCGGAUUACGAAGAGGUGCAGCAGCAGAGUGUGGCGGAAGCGCUCGAGGAGAGACUGCGUCGAGCCAGUUGAAGCCAGGACGGGUGCCGUAUCCAAUGCUUU